CUUUAAAGCAGAACGUUGCGCUUGGAGGAAGUGACGGCUUUGGUUGCUGUGGCCGCAGCGCCGUUUCUACUUCUCAGAAGCUCCGCUCGGCCGCUUGCCGAGACACCCCGUCGCCAAGAUGCCUCGAAUUAUGAUCAAGGGGGGCGUGUGGAGGAAUACUGAGGAUGAAAUUCUGAAGGCAGCGGUAAUGAAAUAUGGGAAAAACCAGUGGUCUAGGAUUGCCUCACUGCUGCAUAGAAAAUCAGCAAAGCAGUGCAAAGCCAGAUGGUAUGAGUGGCUGGAUCCCAGCAUUAAGAAAACAGAAUGGUCCAGAGAAGAAGAGGAAAAACUCUUGCACUUGGCUAAGUUGAUGCCAACUCAGUGGAGGACCAUUGCUCCAAUCAUUGGAAGAACAGCUGCCCAGUGUUUGGAACACUAUGAAUUUCUUCUGGAUAAAGCUGCCCAGAGAGACAAUGAAGAGGAAACAACAGAUGAUCCACGAAAACUUAAACCUGGAGAAAUAGAUCCAAAUCCAGAAACAAAACCAGCACGGCCUGAUCCGAUUGAUAUGGAUGAGGAUGAAUUGGAGAUGCUUUCUGAAGCUAGAGCCCGCCUGGCUAAUACUCAGGGAAAGAAAGCCAAGAGGAAAGCGAGGGAGAAACAGUUGGAAGAAGCAAGGCGUCUUGCUGCCCUCCAAAAGAGAAGAGAACUUCGAGCAGCUGGUAUAGAAAUUCAGAAGAAAAGAAAAAAGAAGAGAGGAGUUGAUUAUAACGCUGAAAUCCCAUUUGAAAAAAAGCCUGCUCUUGGUUUCUAUGAUACUUCUGAGGAAAACUACCAGGCUCUUGAUGCCGAUUUCAGAAAGUUAAGACAACAGGAUCUUGAUGGGGAGCUGAGAUCUGAAAAAGAAGGACGAGAUAGAAAAAAAGACAAGCAGCAUUUGAAAAGGAAAAAAGAAUCUGAUUUACCGUCAGCAAUUCUUCAAACUAGUGGUGUUUCUGAAUUUACUAAAAAGAGAAGCAAACUAGUACUACCUGCCCCUCAGAUUUCAGAUGCAGAACUCCAGGAAGUUGUAAAAGUAGGCCAAGCAAGUGAAAUUGCACGUCAAACUGCUGAGGAAUCUGGCAUAACAAACUCGGCUUCCAGUACUCUCUUGUCUGAGUACAAUGUCACCAACAACAGCAUCGCUCUGAGAACACCACGAACGCCAGCUUCCCAGGACAGAAUUCUGCAGGAAGCCCAAAACCUCAUGGCUCUGACCAACGUGGACACCCCAUUAAAAGGUGGACUUAACACCCCUUUGCACGAGAGCGACUUCUCAGGUGUGACUCCACAGCGGCAGGUUGUACAGACUCCAAACACAGUUCUUUCUACCCCAUUCAGAACUCCUUCUCAUGGAUCUGAAGGGCUGACUCCCCGGAGUGGGACAACUCCCAAACCAGUUAUUAACUCCACCCCGGGUAGAACGCCUCUUCGAGACAAGUUAAACAUUAAUCCCGAGGAUGGAAUGGCAGACUUCAGUGAUCCCUCUUAUGUGAAGCAGAUGGAAAGAGAAUCUCGUGAACACCUCCGUUUAGGGUUGUUGGGCCUUCCUGCCCCUAAGAAUGACUUUGAAAUUGUUCUACCAGAAAAUGCCGAGAAGGAACUGGAAGACCGUGAAAUAGAUGAUACUUACAUUGAAGAUGCUGCUGAUGUGGAUGCACGGAAGCAGGCCAUACGAGAUGCAGAGCGUGUAAAGGAAAUGAAACGAAUGCACAAAGCUGUCCAGAAAGAUCUGCCAAGACCAUCAGAAGUAAAUGAAACUAUUCUAAGACCCUUAAAUGUAGAACCACCUCUGACAGAUUUACAGAAAAGUGAAGAACUAAUCAAAAAAGAAAUGAUCACAAUGCUUCAUUAUGACCUUCUACAUCACCCUUAUGAACCAUCUGGAAAUAAAAAAGGAAAAACUAUAGGAUUUGGUACCAAUAAUGCAGAGCACAUUGCCUAUCUGGAACAUAACACUUACGAAAAGUUUUCCAAAGAAGAGCUGAAAAAGGCCCAGGAUGUUCUGGUACAGGAGAUGGAAGUGGUAAAACAAGGUAUGAGCCACGGAGAACUCUCAAGUGAAGCUUAUAACCAGGUGUGGGAAGAAUGCUACAGUCAAGUUUUAUAUCUUCCUGGGCAGAGCCGCUACACACGGGCCAACCUAGCUAGCAAAAAGGACAGAAUUGAGUCACUGGAAAAGAGGCUUGAGAUAAACAGGGGUCACAUGACGACAGAAGCCAAGAGAGCUGCAAAGAUGGAAAAGAAGAUGAAAAUUUUGCUUGGGGGUUACCAGUCUCGUGCAAUGGGGCUCAUGAAACAGUUGAAUGACUUAUGGGACCAAAUUGAGCAGGCUUACUUGGAGUUACGCACUUUUGAAGAACUCAAGAAACAUGAAGAUUCUGCUAUUCCCCGGAGGCUAGAGUGUCUAAAAGAAGAUGUUCAGCGACAACAGGAAAGAGAAAAGGAACUUCAGCAUAGAUACGCUGAUUUGCUGCUGGAGAAAGAGACUUUAAAGGCCAAAUUCUGAAGCAUAUUCUCUCACAAGACAAAUUAAUUGCUGGUGUUCAUACUCUGGAAGGCUGAUGCUGAUGUUUAUCUUCAUUGACAAAUUUGCCCACCAUCUGUGGUUUUUCAGUUGUUUAUUUUAAAUGAUAUCGAUCUCACACAUUUAUGUAUAAAGACUUUAACUCCACAGGACAUUUUAGGGUUUAAAUUAUUAAGACGAUCAUUCUUUUAGAAGUGUCAUAUUUGCAGAUUUUUUUUUAGUUUUGGCCUUUAAUUUUAAAAGCCUGAUUUUAAACUGCUGCCUGUGAGUAAACUCUCAAAUAAAAACAAAAUAUAAAAAAUUGAGAAUGUAGCCUUUUGUUUGAAGUAAUUAGAUACUUAGAGUGCCCACAAACCAGCAAAUAUGUACUCUUUGUCAUAUUUAAUGAGUAACUCUUGGGUGAUCAAAAUGGCGAUCCAGUAUCUUAAUUUAAAUCCUUAAGAGGCAGUCCUUUUGUGGCUUUGUUAGUUUUGACCAUUUUUGCAUAGGAUGGUCAUUUCUCUAUACGUUGACAAGAUGGAUUAACUUUUUAAUACCUCAGUGUUUUUUUCAGUGUAACUUUAGGGAGGUCUCUUCUCUGCCCAGCUACUUACACAGUUCAUGGAUUAGGACUCAAAAGAUUUAAUUUUUCUUGACCUGUUAUUUUCUUGUAAAUACUUUUUUGACAAAGGCAUUUUAAAGAUUUAUUUCAACAGUACUGUGAAGCUUUAUUAAAGCUCCUUGUUUAUCUAAACAGGUCAGUUACACAAGUGUAGAAUUUGGGGAAUUCAUAGAGGUGGGAAGAUCUAACUUUAUAACAAUUCAUAUGGAAUCGUUAGUUGGCUGGAGUUCAGUAUAAGCCAGUAAUGUGUUGGACUCACCAGAAAGUUUGCUUAAUCUUAGACUGCUAGGAGUUACGAGAAGGGGAUGGAGGGACUCAUUCAUUCGUCAGAUAUUUAUUGACUAUAUAGCCAGUGUCUGAGUCCUGGAGAUAGAACAGUGACUAAAAUAGGCAGGGUUCCUGUUUUGUGGAGUUUACAGUCUAUUGAGAAUGAUAGACAAUGAAAAUUCAGGGAAGAAGCGUGACUUUUCUUAUGCACCAGGUGCUUAUUUAAGUUUUGGAGAUGAACAGUUAUUAAGACAAAGUUCUUGCUCCCGUGUAGGUGACAUUAGUGGGAGGAAUACCAAACAUACAGGGAAAAGUAUCAGAUCGUGAACUUUAGAUUUAGUGGAGGGAAUUAAAAUAGGGUGACGAGAGAUAGUACCUGGGUGGCUGCUGUAGGUUGGAUGAUCAGAGAGCUCUCUGAGGAGAUGUAGUUGGCAUCUUAGAAGGAGCCAUCCUUGUGAGGUUCAGGGAAGAGCAGUGCCGACAGAGUUAAGAACUAGCACAAAGCCGCUUUGGUGUAUUUGAGGAGCAGAAAGGAAAACAGUGUGAGUAGAGUGUCAACAAUGGCAUUUGUAUGAGUCCUGGUUGGAUAGGGCCAUAUAGGAAGCUGUCGUAAGGAAUUUGGGUCUUAUUCUAACUAUGAUGGGAAGCUAUGAGAAGAUUUUAGCAAAGGAAUGACACUAUCAGAUUUAUCCUGUGGCUAUACUGUUAUGUCUCACCAGGCUGAAGGUAAGGAAGCCAGUUCAUGUAGGACCCUGAUGCAGUAAUCCAGGCAAACAACAAUAGCGACUCAAACUAGGAUAGAGCCAGUCCUGAUGGAGACAGGUUGGAAGAAUUUGAGCAGUAAUAAUUCUGUAGUCUCAUCUGUAGUCUUUAUAAAUAAAUUUAUGUUUUCCAGGUAUCUAGUCACUUAAUUCUAGUACUUUUUUUCAGUAAUUUCACAUGUAAUUUUAGGAAAU